AUGGUAGCGAUCACCAUCCGCAACUUGCUUCUGCUUGUCUUCUUGGCGGUGCUAUGCGGCUCACAGGAUACGCCGAUCACUGGGAUCCUGGCAGCAUCUCCUGAGCUGUCGACAGUGUAUAGCGCGAUCAGAUUGGCCAACUUGAACUUUGUGCUGGAAGGAGUGGGUCCUUUCACAUUGUUUGCCCCGACCAACCUGGCGUUUCGGCUCCUGGGUCCCGGCGUUGCGGCAUCCCUGACACAUCAGGAUAACAUGGCCUAUCUGACCCAGGUGUUGCAGUACCACGUGUGCUACGGCAAUACAGUCAGCCAGCAGCUCCUUCCGGGGCAGGAGCUUUCCACCUUCGAGGGUGAGCGCCUGACGGUGAAUGCGGUGACGCCUUUCACAGUGAAUGACGUGCCCAUCUCCCGGCAAGAUUUGUUGGCAACCAACGGGUUGGUCCACACGAUGAAUCGAGUGUUUUUGCCUCCGAACUUUGCACUUCCGGAUCCUACCAUGGACAUUGUUCAACUUGUCGCGAGUGAGGAUUACUUGACCACCAUGAAUGAGGCGAUACUGUUGGCAGAGCUGGAGAGUACACUGAAAGCUUCGGGGCCUUUGACGGUCUUCGUUCCGACCAACACGGCCUUUGAGAAUCUGGGCCCCGGGAUCGCCACCUCUUUGCUGCUUCCCCCAAACAAGAAGAAGCUGGAGGAGGUUUUGCUGCACCAUGUCGUGACGGGUGUCCAGUCCACGGCGGCCAUGCCCGCCGGCGUGACACUGCAAGCACUGGGUGGAGGUGCGCUGCUGGUGACGCAGAACAGCCCCCUCAAGAUCGAUUCGGUGUCUACGGUCAUAAGUCCGAAUGUGCCAGCCAGCAAUGGCGUGCUGCACGUCAUGGAUGCAGUCAUCCUCCCAAGUGGCUUCGUGUAUCCCGACAAGACGCUGCAACUCCUGGUUCAGCAAUCUCCAGAACUGUCGCUUCUAGCAGCGGCAGCGUCUACGAGCAGCGUGUCGUCCCUCCUGUCAGGAAGUACCGCGUACACCCUCUUCGCACCGACGAAUGAAGCCUUUGAGAAGCUGGGAAUUGGUGUGGCCAGUUCACUGCUGAUGCCAGCCAACCAGGACAAGCUGACGCAGGUUUUGCGGUAUCAUUUUCUGCAAGGUGGCCUCGUGCGGAUGGACUUUUCAGCGAACACGGCUGUCCAGACUGUAGAGCAAAGUCUGCUCAAGAUCAGUUCUGUGAACCCACUCAUUGUGGAUGAUACCGCCGGUGUCAGAGUGGAGGAUAUCCCGGCCACCAACGGUGUCAUGCACAUCGUGAACAAGGUGCUUCUCCCGCCUGGCUUCCGCUUUCCAGAUAAGGAUGUCGUGCAGCUGGCGGACAGCACGGCGUCGCUGUCCACGUUCAACACGCUGGUCGCCCUCGCCGGGCUCCGGAGCGACUUCACGGCCGAAGGCCCUUACACGGUGUUCGCUCCCACGGAUGCCGCGUUUGCGGCUCUAGAUAAAGCGACCCUGGAGGCACUGCAGCAAGCUGAGAACAAGAACUUGCUUCAGCGGGUGCUCAGAUAUCAUGUCAUAAGCGGCAGAACAGACAGCACCUUGCUGAGAUAUGGUAGAGACAUCCAGACAAUCGAGGGUGGCAUGAUCAGAGUCACGCCUUGGACCGAGUUGGGCUGGCAGGGCGUGGCUUACCAGAGGUUUCAGCCUCCUGUCACCCUGAACACGGACGUUCAAGUCUCCACGGAGAAUGCCUUGGCAACGAAUGGAAUUGUGCAUUUCGUCAACAAGGUGCUUCUUCCGCCUGGCAUGCAAAUCGUGUCCGAGGCAGGUAUGGACGAUGGUGACGACGACGGCAUCAUAAGAGUUAUGACCAAUGGUGCGACAUGUUCCGAGAAAAUUGCCAACACGCUGGCAGGUCUCGUUUUGCUGCUGAGCUUGGCACUUCUGUGA